CGCCAGCUGAGCAAACUGCAGGAAAAAUAACAACAUAGCAGAAAACAGAGAGAGAGAAAGAGGAAGAGUAACGAGGUCGAAGGAGCAGAAAGAGGAGGAGGCUGGAGGCUGCAGGAGUAGGCGCAGGAGCAGGAGCAAGAGCAGGCCACCAACGCCACCACCAUCGCCAUGCGCUUUAACAAGUCCGAGCUGAACUCUCUGGCCAGCAACCCAGCGACAAGGUUCGACAAGGAGGGCCUGCUCAUCGUCAUCGACCGUCAGGAGGGAUUCCUGUGGCGCAGCGAAGUCAGAGUUGAACGGUGGUGUAAACUGCGUGGCAAUUUACUGUUCUACCUCAAGGACAAGGACCCCAAAUCCCCAGUGGCCGGCGUCCUGGUACUGGAGAACUGUCGCGUCCGCAUCCAAAAUAGGGAGGCCGAUCCCGAGGGCUACGUCUUCGACAUUGAUUUCAAGGACAGCCCCUCAGAGCAGCUCAUCAGCUAUUCGGCCGCUGAGCGAGUGGCCUGGGCGCAGUGCAUCGAGAAGGCCUCCAGUUACAAUCUGGACUUGCUAAUCCGCCAUUUGAAGGAACAAAUUCGAAAGUCGCAGGUGCCAGGCGGAGUGGCGAACAGCAUGGGCAACCACAUCGAUCUGGGCAUGCCCAUGAUGCUGCCCAUUGAGGCGGCGCCAGUGCAGCAACAGACCUCAAGGCAGUGCCAGCAGCCGGCGGAGGAGGCGCCCAUUGAAGAUAUCGAUCUCUCCGAACUGCCCAUCUGCGAGACAGCGCUCUCCUGCGACAGCCUGCCCUCGGACGCUCUCGGCCGCCUGCCCACUCCGCAGGUGAUCUGCUCCUUCCUGCCGCCUGGCAGCGGCGAGGAUGCGGGUCUCUGGCGGGAGCAUGCCCGCACUGAGCUGCAGGAACGUACGCGAACACCCCAAUUCCUCUGCACCAUGCGUUUCCAGCGCAGCGGAGGCUUCUCCUCCAGCACCCGGUUGCGCUUCAGUGUGAUGGACGUCCGGGAGCGGCUGACACAGACGUCGUUGCCGCUAGGCUAUGCCGAGGUGUCACUCGGCGCCAUCCAGGACACUUCGUGGCUGCACCUGCCGCUGACCUCGCCGCGUGGAGAGUGCGGGUUCAUAACGCUGACCACCUGGUCGCCGGAUGCCGCUGUGGAGCCUGGUCAGACGGGCAAUGGACCGCCGCGGUCCAGCACCCAGUUCUUUGAUGCUGCGGGAGGCGGUGGAGCAGCUGGAGCUGGAAACUUGGCGGCUGCAGGAACAGGAGUGCCAGGCCGACGAGCCCAUCGACGCACCCAGUCACUGCCCCCGAAGCUGGGAGUCAAGCUCUUCGUGCCUCAGCAGUGCGGCCUGCAGAGGGUGUGCGUGAAUCCCCGCCUGCACACCUACCGCCUCCACUCAUCCAUGGGCGCCGACAUCAGCGUUCAGGAGACCCUGCUGGAAUCCAGGCUGUGCUGCCUCCUGCCCCAACAACUGCUGUCCAUCUGGAUCCAGCGCGAGAAGGAGCUGCUGCAGGAGAUCUCGGGCAUGGGCGAGCUGAGCGGCGAGUGGCGCUGGCGCCAGAUGAACCUGCUGGAGGAGCACCUCCGUCUGCUGAAGGACUACUCCCAGGCCAAGCAGAACAUCCAGCAACUGGCCCGGGAUGGGGUCUCGUUCAAGCGAUCGACGGCCAAGGCGGAGGAGGCCCUGGAGUUUCUGCCGGUGAAUCUGCACGUCCAAAGGAUGUGGGCCCAGAACGACACAAUGCAGCGACGCGGUCUCCUCGACGUUGUCACCGUGGGAGCCUUCACGCGCUACGAUUCCAAGGCCCGCAAAUGCGGUGGCCUGAUCAAGCUCCUCCAGGAAAGCAAGUCGUGGAAGCAGGAGCAGAGCAACGCCUUCAAGGUCCAGGCGGCCAACGACGCCGUCCAGGCCACCAAGCAGCUGCGCAAGGAGAUCGUGGAGCUGAUGUCCCAGCUCCUCCAGUUGGCCAGCCGGCGGAGUGCCAAGGACAUGAUGCCGCUGUGCAACCAGAUGGUGGCCCGCACCCGAUCCCUGCUCAACAUCUGGGAGCCGAGCAUUGUGGAGGAGGCGGUGGCCUUCAUUGAGCGCCAUCGAAUCAUCGAGGAGCCGGAGAACGUGAUGAUGGAGCCGAUGUCACCGUUUCGGAAGAUCACGCAGCAACUGACGGCCCUGGAACUGAAGUCCCCGGAGCUGGAAGACUUCGCCACGCCGGUGGUGGCGCCGCCGGAUCUCUGGCCGCGGGCGCAACCGCCACUGAUGCGCUCCAACAGCUGGCAUCCGAGCAACAACUCGCCCUCCAGUUCCCUGGACAUCCGGGCCAUUGAUUCGCUGCAGCAUGUGGUCAAGUGCUACAACGAUCACCUGCGCAGCCUGGAGCAGAGCGGCAGCCCGGAGGAUCUUGAAGCGGAGGCCACAUAUCAAUCGCUGCCCCUGGCCUGGCAGCCCACUGCCACCACCUCCUCCGCAGCUCCGGCGCAGGCACCGUUGCAGCUAAUCGACCUGGACGAGAUCAACAGGGAGCGAUGCGAUCGACUGCAGCAGCCGGCCGCCGGUUUCCUGGACACCAAGUUGAUGAGCUCCUCGCCGUCGGCCAACUACUACGGGCCGACCGAGGAGCCGGAGCCGCUGGAUCUCACCCAGCUGAACAUCGAGGCCAGUGUCAUGUGCCUGGUCAGCAAGCUGAAGUUCUUCUGCGGCCGCUGCGACAGUCCAGCCAUCCGGCUGCGCCAUCCCAAGGUCCCCGCCAAGCGCGAGGGAUUCGCCGUGGUGCCCCAGCAAGCGCCGGAUGUGAUUGGAGCGGCGGCGGCGGAGCCAGUGCCUAAAUUCAAGUUGGACUUGCAGUUGCCAGCAGGAGGCGGAGGAGAGGCAGGAUCAGGAGCAGAGCAGCCUGUGAAGAAGGGGAAUAAGUUCACCGACGGCUUGGAUCUCUCGCUGACCACCGACUGGGCGGCGGAGCUGCGCCCGAGCAUGCGGAAGCUGCGACAUGCCAUGGACCGCCUACUGAAGACCGCCCGGCUGAUGCACUCCGUCCAGCGGCUGCAGCAGGAUGUGCGGUGCAACCAGCGACAGGCGAGCAUCAUGUACCGCAGGGAUGUCUGCUUCUCACAGGCGCUAACGGCGCUGGUCAGCUCCCUGAUGCUCCGACUGUGGGGCAGUGAGCUGGACAUGGGCUACCUGGUAAUGCUCCGUGACCUGGGCCCCCUGGCCUACUUCGAGGGCCUGCUGACGCUCUACGGCGACGAGGCCGACAUGUGGAGCGACAUGUGCAUCGCUAUCGAGGAUCUCUCGGCGGUUAACUUCCAGCUGGUACGCGCCCAGGGUGAGGCUGCGCUGGCGCCCACGCCCCGGAUCACCGGCUCGCGCCAGGCCCUGGAGGUGCAGCUCCCGGUGCCGGAGCACUCGCUCCCCGGCAACGGCACUUCCAUCUCCUUCAAGAUCACACCCGUCUUCUUCAAUAUCGGCAUCAACGAGAAGGCCAGCUUUGCGGAGACCCUGGGCCAGACCCGAGAACAGCACCGGUCCAACUGGGACAACUACCUGCGGCUGAGCCAGUACUUUGGCCGAUACCGCAAGCUGGGCCUGGGCUCCGUGGACACCGGGGAGUCACUGCAGUCGCUUCUGAAGUUCAUGGAGGAUCAGCUGCGGGAGAACGUCUCCAAGAAUGUAAAGAUCCUGCACCUGGCGGAGGACGCCUGCCGGCUGAUGGACGGACUGCGGUUCACGUCCUGCAAAAGUGCCAAAGAUCGGACGGGCAUGGCCGUAACCCUGGAGCAGUGCCGGGUGUUGGUGCGGGAAUUCCAGCUGCCGGCGAAGCAUGUGCCCAAUGUGCUGAGCACCAUGAGGAGUCAGGGCACUCGAAUGGACAAUGUUCUCAAGAAUAUUGGCAAGCGGAAGUACGCUUUUAAUCGCACCCAGGCCUCGUUCCUCCCGGAGAUGUACAGGCCGCCGGUGGGCAAUUACGGCAAGGCGCAAACCUAAGGACUCUUCCAGGCUAACAAAUCGUAACUGUGCCAAAAACCAAAACAAAACACAAAAACGAAGCUAACCAAUUCUUGCGAAGAGCAAGCAAAAAACAAACAGAAAGGUUUAGAAAACGAAACUAAUUAAAUUAGCACACAUUGAUGGAUAUUUCUCUGGGCAACUGUUAACGCAUCACAGGAUUCCAAUUCCGUAACCACUAUUCUACAUUUAAUCCAAGUAGUUUUGUAGCUUUGCAGACAAGAGGCAACUGUGUACUUCAACACGACACUCAUGUACUUCCAGUGAAUUAUAAUUAAAACAAAUCAA